CUUUACUACAUUUCAGGAAGAAUAUAUAUUUUACGUUCAUCAGACACCGGCUGCAAAGUCUUUGUUCUGUUUGGCAAAGUUUUAUAAUUUUUCGGCCUUGGAAAGAAAUCAUGAAAACUGUUUUGUCCGUGAUCGCUUUCUGCGUCUUCCUGGGGUUCAUAAACGCAAAAGAAUCUCCCCCCAAGGUGCAGGUGUACAGCCGUAACCCAGGGGAACAUGGGAAGGACAACACCCUGAUCUGUCACGUGAGUGGCUUCCACCCCCCUGACAUCAGCAUCCAGCUCCUGAAGAACGGCGUGGAGAUCCCCGACGCCAAGCAGACAGACCUGGCCUUCGAACAGGGAUGGCAGUUCCACCUCACCAAGAGUGUUGGCUUCACACCAGCCAGCGGAGAGGAGUUCACCUGCAGAGUCCGCCACCUGAAGAAUCUGAAGACCUACACCUGGGAGGCAAAUAUGUAAGGAUCUGGAGCAGGACUUUUAAUGGGGGCCAUCUGUGUCCAGCCCUACACUAGAGCUGAGAUGACUGUAAUUUCCCCUCUCAACAUGGGCUUUCAUUUUCAUUUUUGAUUACACUUUGUGCCAAGGUGCCAGUUUCAAGGGUUUCGAGUUUUAGAGAAUCAUUACUCAACACUUAAAUGAUUAGAGUUGUGUGGGUGACCUCUUCUAGAAAAGCUGCCGGUAUUUCUGGCUGAGAAUUCACUGUGUGGGUGACCUCUUCUAGAAAAGCUGCCAGUACUGCUGGCUGAGAAUUCAAUGUGUGGGUGACCUCUUCUAGAAAAGCUGCCAGUACUUCUGGCUGAGAAUUCAAUGUGUGGGUGACCUCUUCUAGAAAAGCUGCCAGUACUGCUGGCUGAGAAUUCAAUGUGUAGGUGACCUCUUCUAGAAAAGCUGCCAGUACUGCUGGCUGAGAAUUCAAUGUGUAGGUGACCUCUUCUAGAAAAGCUGCCAGUACUGCUGGCUGAGAAUUCAAUGUGUGGGUGACCUCUUCUAGAAAAGCUGCCAGUACUUCUGGCUGAGAAUUCAAUGUGUGGGUGACCUCUUCUAGAAAAGCUGCCAGUACUGCUGGCUGAGAAUUCAAUGUGUAGGUGACCUCUUCUAGAAAAGCUGCCGGUACUUCUGGCUGAGAAUCACAUUAUCACAUUCUCUCCUUUAAAAACAAUAAUUAAUGAUUGAUCAAGUAUUUUCAUAAUAUUUUUUAGAUGUGUGGGGACUCCUUGUAGUCCUUUAAUAUCCUUGAAGUUGGUACCAUUAAAUGUGAGCACAAUUAUAAUUUUUUUAAACAUAAUUUUAAACACCUAUGUUAAUGGGGUUUUAGUUACAAGCACAAAUUGUCAACCGUGUCAAAUCUGAUAUUUGAUUAAAAAUAUAUUUUAAAGCCCAAAUAAUUUGCAGAACGUCCAUUGUUGUAUUUGCGUGACUUGUACAUAGAAAUGUCCAUUUUUUGCUUUGGAUUCAUUUUUUUUUUCAUCAACACCAUGAAAUCAAAUCUUAUGUCUAUCCUUCAAUGUUUCUGUAAAUUACCAGUUAUCAACAGUAUAAUAAAAGUUUUAUUUGAUUUGUUUUAA